AUGAGCCGAGCUAAGAUCCUGCGAGUGUUCGUGGAGGCGAAGCGGGUGGCCGACUUCAUCGCGUCGCACCUGUGUCAGGCCGGCUUCCCGACCACCAGCAUCCACGGCGACCGGCUGCAGCGCGAGCGCGAGGAGGCGCUGGCUGACUUCACGUACGGCAAGACGUCGACGCUGAUCGCCACGUCGGUGGCCUCGCGCGGCCUCGACAUCAAGGGCGUGGCCAGCGUGGUCAAUUACGACCUGCCGAAGGCCAUCGACGACUGCGUGCACCGGAUCGGCCGCACGGGCCGCGUGGGCAACACCGGCAGCGCCAUCGGCUUCUACGACAGCGCGCUGGCCGCCGACCUGGUGAAGAUUCUGGCCGGCGCCGAGCAGGAGGUGCCCGACUUCCUGCAGCGCGACGCCGGCAGCGCCGACUUCGGCGGCGCUGCCGGCGGCUCGUACGCGUCACGCGACAUCCGGCGCGGGGCGAGUCUGGCCGUGCGGCGGCGGCGUCGGUGGCAUGGGCGGCGCGGCGGCCGGCUACAACCAGCAGCCGGCCACCAUGGACGCGGAGGACUGGGACUAGCGCCCGGGACGGCCUGACUCGGCGCCGCCCCACCGUGCCGCGUGCCAUGCCGUGUCGUGGCAGCUGUAGAUAGUGUUUCCGUUGUGUUAGCCGGCGGGAGUGGGCGCCUGGCCGGCGGCUUGUUUCUUAGCGGGUUGGCAGCGGCCGGACCCCGCGCCGGCGACCGGCGCCCGCGCCUGGCGGGAGCACCGGGGUGGCGGCGUUGCGCACCGGUAGCGCGAAGACGGCACACCGUAUUUCGUGGCCGGCGGCAUUCCAUGAGGAAGCUUGGCUUCGUGCCAGUAUUCUGUGGCGGCGGGUGGGGGCUGGGCCGGCCGAUAUUGGCUGUGAAAGCCGUCUGGUCGCGCUCGCGAGAGCGGGAGACAGGGUAGCGCCCGGCCCCCGCAUCUCAGCAUGGCAGGUGCCGCUCGAGGCGCGCUGUGGCGUCUGUGGACAGCCGGCACGUGUCUGCCGGGAGCCGACCCGGACCAUGCAAUCCGGAGCCGCGUGCAUAGCACGCGUUCAGUUAUUGUAGUUUAUUGAA